GAGAAACAUAUCAAAGAUUUGGCAAACUGUUGUGAUAUCUGCAAUGGAUUCGAUGGGAUCACAUCUAAGAACAUCAUCGGUACCACAGCCUCAUGUCCAUCCUCAACAGAUGAUGAUGAUGGGGCAGCCGCCAUCGAACAUGUAUCAACAUCCUAUAUUCAACCCCAAUUCUUCGCCGGCCAUGAUGAAUCCAAAUCCCUCUUCUGUUGUUGCCAUGCUGCAAAAUUCUUACUUUUCUCUCCGCCCACAUGAUCAACCACCGCCGCCAAUGCCUGUCCAGAGGUUUAACCAGCAGUUCGGAGGAGGAGGAGGAGGAGGACCCACGAUGCAAAACAACAACGAGUCUCUUGGGAUUGACGUUGAACCGGUAAAAAAGAAGAGAGGACGACCAAGAAAGUACCCUCUUGAUAAUAAUAAUAAUAAUCUAGGUAUGGGUUUGUUAUCUGAUUCCGGCGCCAAUACACCUUCGUUUUCACCUGUAUUUCCAAUGAAUCAAGUUGGUGCCUCUUCAAGUUCUAAUCCUCUGGCAAAGAAGGGCAGAGGAAGACCACUUGGUUCAGGGAAGAAGCAAAUUGAUAAAUUAGGGUCUCCUGUAUCUGCUUCUUUUACGCCACAUAUGAUAUGGCUCGAAAAGGGGGAGGACAUAGUUGCAAAGCUCUAUGAGUUCUCACAGGAUAUACCGCGAACUGUUUUUGUUUUCUCUAUUAGUGGUGCUGUCUGCGAUGCCACUCUAGUCUAUCCUCCACAAUCUGGUAUUACUGUGACACACAAGGGUCCAUUACAGAUACUAUCUUUAACUGCUACCUUUUCGCCUCCAGAAACCAAUGAUAGCAACAACCAAACAGAUUUUACGAUUUCUUUAUCAGGCGCAGAAAGUGGAGUUGUGGGAGGUGAGGUAUACGGAAAGCUAAUCGCUGCAACCAAAAUACAGAUCGUAUUGGCUAGCUUCAUUGAAGAAGCGAAGAAAUCGAAAUAUGAGAUUUCUCCAAUUCAGUCUAAUGAAGGGGCCGUACCAGUGGCUGGUGAGAGUCCUGCUUCGGAUUGUCCCUCAAGUGCAGCUUCUCAAGAACAUGUUGACAACUUUCAUAAUGUCAACAAUACAUUAUCUCAUUUUGAUAACAUUAACACCCCUGUAUAUAAUAUGGGACAUUAUUCGAAUGCCAAAUGGUGAAACCUCGCACACCGGAGUUUUUUCCGAAUGUUAGCGAUCUAGGUUUAAUUUCUUUUCAGUAUUUCUUCUUUAAGUAAACAAUUAACUUUUGUAGUUUAUUCAUUUCUAUUUCAAAUGGAUACUUACAUCUUUUUAGUUGAAUUUUAUC